AUGGGAACUGAACUUAGAAUUGAUUCCACUGAUUAUAGGACCGAACUUCUUUCUCCAACAAUAGCUGCAGAGAAUGUGUCUAUGGCUAGGCAACCUUCAUGGAGGAUCAACAUGGAUCAGCAUCGCUUACCAGAAAGGCAUAUGGACUCUCAUUUUGGCUUUGGAUUCUUCCUAAGGACACUCAAGAGACAAAGGAAACUUACUGAUUAUUACAAGAGACAGGAAAGGCUUCUUAAAGGGUAUCAGGAAGUGGACUCGUACACUGACUUGGGCAUGUUACCUGAAAAUUUAACUGAGGAUGAGUUGAAGGAACUUGAAAGGGGUGAGAAGGUGGCAAUAUAUGCAUCUAACAUAGGGAACAUGGUGCUCUUUGUAGCAAAAGUGUAUGCAUCCAUUGAAAGUAGAUCACUGGCUGUCAUUGCAUCAACUUUGGACUCACUCUUGGAUCUCUUGUCGGGAUUUAUACUUUGGUUCACUGCUUAUGCUAUGAGCAAACCAAAUCAUUAUCAAUACCCCAUUGGCAAGAACCGGAUGCAACCUGUGGGGAUAGUUGUAUUUGCAUCAGUCAUGGCAACUCUGGGAUUACAAAUAUUAUUUGAAUCAGCGAGGGAACUCAUCGCAAAGUCUCAACCUGAUAGGGAUCCAGUGAAAGAAAAGUGGAUGAUAGGGAUUAUGGUCACAGCCACUUUGGUGAAAGUUUUGCUCAUGACUUAUUGUCGCAGGUUCAAGAAUGAAAUAGUGAGAGCCUAUGCUCAGGACCAUUUCUUCGAUGUCAUAACAAAUUCAAUUGGCCUUGCCACAGCAGUACUAGCCAUCAAAUUCUACUGGUGGCUUGAUCCUGUUGGAGCCAUCCUGAUAGCUCUAUAUACGAUUAGUAACUGGGCCAAAACAGUCAUGGAGAAUGUGUGGUCAUUGAUUGGUAAAACAGCCCCACCGGAGUACCUUGCAAAGCUAACAUAUCUAUGUUGGAACCAUCACAAGGAGAUCAAGCACAUAGAUACAAUGAGAGCCUACACAUUUGGGUCGAAUUACUUUGUAGAGGUAGACAUAGUUGUAUCAGAAGAAAUGUCACUUAGUCAAGCACAUGACAUUGGAGAGACACUUCAAGAUAAGCUUGAAAGGCUCCCAGAAAUUGAGAGAGCGUUUGUUCACAUUGACUUGAAUACCACUCACAAGCUGGAGCACAAGCCGAAGGUGAUAUAGAUAGAGACCCAACAAAAAUUAGGAAAUGUUUUAAGAAUAAUUUAUUUUCU